AUGGAAAAGCUACAUGAAGUUCAUCCUAAAGUUUUGAGCAAGGAUUCCUGUUCUACCUGGGGCGGAGGGCAUUUUUCAACCUUUGAUAAAUACCAGUAUGACUUCACUGGGACCUGCAACUAUAUCUUUGCAACUGUUUGUGAUGAAACCAGCCCAGACUUCAACAUUCAGUUCCGCCGUGGCCUGGACAAAAAAAUUGCGAGGAUCAUUAUUGAGCUGGGACCUUCUGUUGUCAUUGUUGAGAAAGGCAGCAUUUCUGUCAGGAGUGUUGGUGUCAUUAAGUUGCCUUACACUAGCAAUGGAAUUCAAAUAGCACCUUAUGGACGCAACAUCCGUCUGGUGGCUAAGCUGAUGGAGAUGGAGCUAGUUGUCAUGUGGAACAAUGAUGACUAUCUCAUGGUUUUGACUGAAAAAAAAUAUAUGGGGAAAACCUGUGGAAUGUGUGGAAAUUAUGAUGGUUAUGAAUUGAAUGAAUUUGUGAGUGAAGGUAAAUUGCUGGAUACGUAUAAAUUUGCUGCAUUACAAAAAAUGGAUGAUCCAUCAGAGAUCUGCCUGUCUGAGGAGAUAUCAGUUACCACCAUUCCUCACAAAAAAUACGCCAUGAUCUGCUCUCAGCUACUUAACUCAGUGUCACCAACCUGCAGCGUGCCAAAGGAUGGGUUUGUCAUUCGUUGCCAGCUUGAUAUGCAGGACUGCAGUGAGCCAGGACAAAACAACUGCACUUGCUCUACACUGUCAGAGUAUUCAAGGCAAUGUGCUAUGUCCCAUCAAAUGGUGUUCAACUGGAGAACUGAAAACUUCUGCUCUGUGGGAAAAUGUUCUGCUAACCAAAUCUAUGAGGAAUGUGGUUCUCCAUGUAUUAAAACCUGUUCCAACCCAGAGUACAGCUGUUCCAGUCACUGUACCUAUGGCUGCUUUUGUCCUGAAGGAACUGUUCUUGAUGACAUCUCAAAGAAUCGAACAUGUGUUCACAUUCAGCAGUGUCCAUGUACACUGAAUGGGAAAACAUACGCUCCUGGUGAGACAAUGAAAGCAGCGUGUAGAACCUGUAAAUGUACGAUGGGUCAAUGGAAUUGCAAAGACUUGCCCUGCCCUGGAAGGUGUUCACUGGAAGGAGGCUCCUUUGUUACCACAUUUGAUUCUAGAUCAUACAGGUUCCAUGGGGUUUGCACUUAUGUUCUUAUGAAGAGUUCCAGCCUGCCACACAAUGGAACCCUAAUGGCUGUAUAUGAAAAGUCCGGUUAUUCUCAUUCUGAGACGUCACUUAGUGCUGUAAUUUACAUAUCUACAAAGGACAAAAUUGUGAUUUCCCAGAAUGAACUCCUUACUGAUGAUGAUGAACUCAAGCGGCUACCUUACAGAUCAGGAGACAUCACUAUUUUCAGACAGUCCUCGAUGUACAUUCAAAUGUAUACAACCUUCGGGCUGGAACUUGUAGUUCAAACAUCACCUGUGUUCCAGGCCUAUGUGAAAGUUGGAUCACAAUUCAAAGGCAGAACCCUAGGUUUGUGUGGGAAUUACAAUGGAGACACUACAGAUGACUUCAUGACUAGCAUGGAUAUCACUGAAGGGACAGCCUCCCUGUUUGUAGAUUCCUGGAGGGCAGGAAAUUGCCAUCCUGCUUUAGAGAGAGAUACUGACCCUUGUGCUUUGAGUCAACUGAACAAAAUAUCUGCUGAGACUCAUUGCUCCAUUCUUACCAAGAAGGGUACAGUGUUCGAGAAAUGCCAUGCUGUGGUGAACCCUAUUCCUUUCUACAAGAGAUGUGUCUACCAAGCCUGUAAUUACGAAGAGACCUUUCCUUAUAUUUGUUCUGCUCUGGGAUCGUAUGCACGAACAUGCAGUUCAAUGGGUUUAAUCCUUGAGAACUGGAGAAACAGUAUGGACAAUUGUACCAUUACUUGUACUGGCAAUCAAACAUUCAGCUACAACACUCAGGCAUGUGACAGGACAUGCUUGUCACUCUCCAACCGAGCCCUGGAAUGUCAUCCAACUGACAUCCCUAUUGAAGGCUGCCAUUGUCCUAAAGGAAUGUACUUGAACCACAAGAAUGAGUGUGUUCGUAAAUCUCAUUGUCCCUGCUAUUUAGAAGAUAGAAAGUACAUCUUGCCUGACCAGUCAAUAAUAAGUGGUGGGAUUACCUGCUACUGCAUUAAUGGAAGGCUAAGUUGCACAGGCAAACCUCAAAAUCCUGCAGAAAGCUGCAAAGCUCCUAAGAAAUAUAUAUCAUGUUCUGACCGUUUAGAAAACAAGUAUGGAGCUGCAUGUGCCCCUACCUGUCAGAUGCUGGCUACUGGAAUUGAAUGUAUACCCACUAAAUGUGAAUCAGGCUGUGUCUGUGCUGAUGGGCUAUAUGAAAAUCUUGAUGGCAGGUGUGUUCCAGCUGAUGAGUGUCCAUGUGAAUAUGGUGGUCUUGCUUACGGAAAAGGUGAACAGAUCCAAACUGAAUGUGAGAUCUGCACUUGCACAAAAGGCAAAUGGAAAUGUGUUCAGAAAUCAAAGUGUUCUUCAACGUGUAAUCUGUAUGGAGAAGGCCACAUCACCACUUUUGAUGGACAGCGUUUUGUGUUUGAUGGCAACUGUGAAUACAUAUUAGCUAUGGAUGGCUGCAGUGUUAAUAGACCUGUUUCCUCUUUCAAAAUUGUUACUGAGAAUGUCAUCUGUGGGAAAUCAGGGGUUACAUGCUCCAGAUCCAUCAGCAUUUACCUUGGGAAUUUGACAUUCAUACUGCGAGAUGAAACCUUCGCUAUUUCUGGGGAAAAUCCUGGAAUACGAUAUAAUGUGAAAAAGAAUGCCCUUCACCUGAUGUUUGAUAUCAUUAUCCCAGGAAAAUACAACAUGACCCUUAUCUGGAAUAAGCACAUGAACUUCUUCAUCAGGAUCUCCAGAGAAACACAGGAAACUAUAUGCGGUUUAUGUGGGAACUAUAAUGGCAAUAUGAAGGAUGAUUUUGAAACUCGAAGCAAGUACGUGGCAUCAAAUGAAUUGGAAUUUGUCAAUUCUUGGAAAGAGAAUCCUCUCUGUGGGGAUGUAUAUUUUGUAGUGGACCCCUGUAGCAAGAACCCUUAUCGUAAAGCAUGGGCAGAAAAGACAUGUUCCGUCAUCAACAGCCAAGUCUUUUCUGCCUGUCACAAUAAGGUGAAUCGUAUGCCCUAUUAUGAGGCCUGUGUUCGAGACUCUUGUGGUUGUGACAUUGGAGGGGACUGUGAAUGCAUGUGCGAUGCCAUUGCAGUAUAUGCCAUGGCAUGCUUAGAUAAAGGUAUCUGCAUUGACUGGAGGACUCCCGAGUUCUGUCCUGUCUAUUGUGAGUAUUACAAUUCUCAUAAAAAACCAGGAAGUGGUGGUGCUUAUUCCAAUGGCUACGACAAUGACAACUGCACCUGGCAUUACAGACCUUGUAAUUGUCCAAAUCAAAACUACAAAUAUGUCAACAUUGAAGGCUGUUACAACUGCUCUCAUGAUGAAUACUUUGACCAUGAGAAGGGAAGAUGCAUGCCAUGUGUGCAGCCUAAAGUAACGAGAAGCUCUACCACAAGUACCCCACCAAGAGUACCUAGUAUUUCUUCUUCUGCAGCUACUAUAUCAACUGAGACUACAAAUCCAACAAUAACCUCAAAAAUCACAGUUCCAAGAACUUCAUCAGCAUCACCUCUUGUCACAAUAAAGUCAACAACUGAACAUACAACAUCAAUUUUUACCACACCAAACAUGACUACAGCCAUCACUACCACCUCCAUAACUACCUCAACAAAAAGAACCAUGACGACUAAACCAAAGCCUACACCUGUUGCCUCAUCAACUGCUGCUUCAACAGAGACAGAAAAAGUGAGGUUCACCACACCACCCUUCAAGACCGCUAUCACAAAGGAAGUGACAACCACCUCAAAACCUACUCAAACUACAUCUCAGGUCACAACUUUCAGCAAGCCUAAACUAACAACAGUAGGUAAAUAUCACUUUUUGAUAUCUGCCAGGUGA